ACGCGUAAACAUUAGAACAGCUGAUAAAAGAACUAAAAAAAAAUGCGAAUUUUGAACAAAAACCUUCCGUUUUUGCGUUAUUUUAACAAGAACGAACGAUUUUUCAGCACAAAUGUCGAACCUCGUCCAUUUCACGAGAUUCCUGGUCCAAAAUUCCUUCAUCGUGCAUUUCUUCCGGGUGGAGAAUGUUACAAAAAAGACGCCAGCACAACAUUGAAUUACUUUCGCCGAUGUUACGGAGAUAUUUACAAAAUUUAUCAAUUCUCUGCCGGUAGCUAUCUUGUCGUAACUUUCAAUCCGAAUGAUUUUGCCAAAAUUUAUCGGGAGGAAGGUAUUUGGCCGGAACGGAAAAUGUUUGCCAGUGUAGAUUAUUUUCGGUUGGAAGUAGAACCAUCGUUGGCUGGACUUCUGAACUAUCAAGGCAAGCAAUGGCAUGAAAUACGGACCAUUUUGAAUGGAAUCAUGAUGCAACCGAAAGUUGUGGAUUUGUAUGUGCCAAAGGUUGAUGCGUUAACGAGAGAAUUGGUUCGUAUCACGAAGACGAUUAGAGAUGAAAAGAACGAAACUUCUCCCGAGUUUGAAAAGUACAUAAAUCGAUGGGUCGUUGAUAUGAUGGGACAAAUGGCAUUCAAUUUGGAAAUUGGAGCGUUGAAGAAAACGGAUCCGAGAGCUGAUAAGUUCUUAAAUGCUGUGGAAAAAGCUACUGAAUUGAUCUAUGAAAUGGAUAUUUUGCCGUCAAUUUGGCGUUGGUACAAGACAAAAAAGUUUUACGAAUGUAUUGAAGCGCAAAAGGAAGUUGCUUCAAUCGCUAUGGAAUAUUUGGAAGAAAGUAAACAAAAAAUCAAAAACUCACCUCAAAAACCUGAAAGUGAAAAAGGGUUACUCGAAAAAGUUUUGGACAUUAACGAAUCUCUUGCGAAAUCAGUUGCUGUUGAUACCCUUGCUGCAGGAGUUGAUACUGUAACUGCAGCAUCUAAAGCUGUCCUUUACUUACUCGCAAAGAAUAAAUCCAAACAAGACAAACUUCGUGAAGAAAUUUUAACGAUUCUACCGAACAAAGAUUCUCUCUUAACUUCAAGUUCGCUUAAAAAUUUACCUUAUUUACGAGCUGUCAUCAAAGAAUCUCUUCGCAUUUAUCCGCCAACUCCAGGAAACGCCCGUCAACUCCAAACAGACACAAUUUUACAAGGAUACCUCGUUCCCAAAGGCACAAGCAUUGCAUUUCCAAAUACCGCAUUAAGUCGCAGCGAAGAGCAAUUUCAUCGUGCUACCGAAUUCCUGCCCGAAAGAUGGCUACGUAACGAUUCGCACAUCGCUGAAGGUUGUAAACAUGCAAAGGAAUCACAUCCAUUUGUUUACAUGCCUUUCGGCUUCGGUUCACGCUCUUGCGUUGGUCGACGAUUUGCCGAAAUGGAACUCAUGGUUUUUGUGAUUCGAAUGUUGCGAGAAUUCCAUGUUGAAUGGCAUCAUGCUGACUUGCAACCACGCACAACGUUAGUCGAUAGUCUCGUGGGAGAAGCGAGAUUUCGAUUGAUAGAGACACAAGCGUAGUACGAGGCAUUUUAUGGAAAGGACAAGGAAUUCAACAUGAGACAGACAAAUGUUACCAAUUAAAAAAAGGAUAAAAAUAAAAUAAAAUUAUCGCUUUCCUUUA